GAAAUCAUACACAACUUGCCCAGGAAGGAUUGCUCUGAACUCGGUGAGACAGGAUUUCCACUCCAAAGCAAUACAUCCAAGAGCACAGGCUCCCUCUCUCACAACUAGACCUUGGAGGGCUACUUUCCUGGAAGAAGGAGCAUUUCUUUUCCUACUUCUAUUACCUGUUGCUGAAGCUAAGCUCCGGAAAUGGAGCAAGAGCCACAGAAUGAAGAACCUGCUGAAAUUAAGAUUAUCAGGGAAGCAUACACGAAUGCUUUUUUAUUUGUUGAUAAAGGUUUGAAUACAGAUGAAUCAGGUCAUAAGGAAGAAGCAAAGAACUACUAUAAGAAAGGAAUAGGACACCUGCUCAGAGGAAUCAGCAUUAUAUCAACAGAGCCUCAACACAAAGGCCCUGGGUGGGAAUCUGCUAGACAGAUGCAACAGAAAAUGAAAGAAACACUACAGAAUGUACGCACCAGGUUAGAAAUUCUAGAGAAAGGUCUUGCCACUUCCCUACGGAAUGAUCUUCAGGAGAUACCCAAGUUAUAUCCAGAAUUUCCACCUAAAGCCAUGUGUGAAAAGUCACCAGGGCCUCAGUCCUCUAAUCCACCACCUCAGCAUGCUGAAAUAAAUGGAAACACUGCAACUACAAGUUCAGGACCUAUUGCUGCACCUUCUUUAGCCUUACCACCUCCAAGUGGUCCAUCAGAAGCUCCUCCUGCUUAUACUCCUCAGGCUAUUGAGGGUCACUAUACUGUGUCUUAUGGAAUAGAUUCCGGUGAAAUUUCAUCAGUUGGAGAAGAUUUCUAUAGGAAUCAUUCUCAGCCACCUCCUCUUGAGACCUUAGGGAUGGAUGCUGAUGAAUUGAUUUUGAUACCAAAUGGAGUACAGAUUUUUUUUGUAAAUCCUGCUGGGGAGGUCAGUGCACCUUCAUAUCCUGGGUACCUUCGAAUUGUGAGGUUCUUGGAUAAUUCUCUUGAUACAGUUUUAAACCGCCCUCCUGGGUUUCUUCAGGUAUGUGACUGGUUGUAUCCUCUGGUCCCUGACAGAUCUCCAGUUCUCAAAUGUUCUGUGGGAGCCUACAUGUUUCCUGAUACAAUGUUACAAGCUGCAGGAUGCUUUGUGGGUGUGGUCUUAUCCUCUGAACUACCAGAAGAUGAUAGAGAAUUCUUUGAGGAUUUGUUAAGACAAAUGUCUGACCUUCGACUUCAGGCCAACUGGAACAGAGCAGAAGGAGAAGAUGAAUUUCAAAUCCCUGGAAGAACAAGAUACCCCUCUGACCAAGUGAGAGAAGCCUCUGGUAGUGAUGUGAGUCCAUUAGACCCUUCAUUAGGCCAAGGAAACAAGGAUGUGCAUCAUAAAGGAAAAUACAAGAAAAAGACUAAAGAUACUUCAAAUGAAGAAGUUAACCUGAGUCACAUGGUACCCUGUGGGCCAGUUUCAGAAGAAAAAGCUAAAGAAUUACCUGAGUGGAGUGAGAAAGUGGCUCAAAACAUUUUGUCAGGUGCUUCCUGGGUGAGUUGGGGUUUAGUCAAAGGUGCUGAAUUUACUGGCAAAGCAAUCCAGAAAGGUGCUUCUAAACUCCGAGAACGGAUUCAGCCAGAAGAAAAGCCAGUGGAAGUUAGUCCAGCUGUCAGCAAGGGGCUUUAUAUAGCCAAGCAGGCUACCGGAGGAGCAGCCAAAGUCAGCCAGUUCCUGGUUGAUGGAGUUUGCACUGUAGCGAAUUGUGUUGGAAAAGAAUUAGCUCCACACGUUAAGAAGCAUGGAAGCAAACUUGUUCCAGAAUCUCUUAAAAGAGACAAAGAUGGAAAGUCUACACUGGAUGGUGCUAUGGUUGUUGCAGCAAGUAGUGUUCAAGGAUUUUCAACUGUCUGGCAGGGGUUGGAAUGUGCAGCUAAAUGCAUUGUUGACAAUGUUUCAGCGGAAACUGUACAGACUGUCAGAUACAAAUACGGUCAUAACGCAGGAGAAGCUACACAUCAUGCAGUGGAUUCUGCCAUCAAUGUUGGUGUAACUGCCUAUAAUAUUGAUAACAUUGGUAUAAAAGCAGUGGUGAAGAAAACUGCAAAACAAACAGGACAAAAACUCCUUGAGGACUAUCAAAUAUCUGAUAAUUCUCAGAAGGAAGGUGAAGAAGGAACAUCAAAUACAAAAAUUAGAAGACAGAAGGAUGAAAAGAAAGAAGCAAAGAAGAAAGAUAAAUGAUGAAAUUAGCAAUACCACAGCCUUUCCAGAUGGGGAAAAUAAGCAAAUAUGGAAUUCUCCAACACAUUAACUAGUAUUUUUUUAAUGUAUUCAUUCCUAUCAAACGACUACCAUAAGUGUUCUGGCAUGUAUUCAUUCCACUUACAAGGAAAACAAUCAGUAUUAUUGUAUCUGGCCUUUAGAAAUAAUGAAGUUAUAUUCUUAAUAAGUUUAUUUUUGCCCUAAAUGUGGCUAAAAUAUUUUUUCAGUUAAAAUACAGCUUAUAAUAUAUGAGCUAUAAAUCUCACUAAACCUAAUAAUAUUUUAAUAUUUUUCUAUCUGCUAUCUUUCAGAAAGAAAAGGAAAUUAUAUAUUUACAUAAAAUCUGUUAUUUAGUAAGCUUAGCUCUAUCUAUACUGGGAAAGAAUGACCUCUAAAAUACUGUAUAUUCUUUUUGCACUAAUUGUGGAUCUCUUUAGGUACUUGUCAGAAUUUUCAGUGUGUAUUCUAAAUAAAAACAAUCUAAAAGAAUUCCCAGAUUCCAUUUUCAAACAGGAAAGAGACUGAUUAUGGAAAAUAAAAAUGAGAUUUUAUGAAACUAUUUGGUAGCUUGCCUGUUUGUUAGGAAAUGAGGUAUUUUUCAUUUAAAAUGAAUAAAAAUAUAUAUUUAAGUCUUUUAGAUUGUGACUGGUUUUGAUGUAUUUACAAACCUAGGAUAUUUUACAGUAUUAAGUAAUUGAAUUUACCGAUGAUAAAUAUAUUUUUAUUUUUUGAUUCAUUCAUUGGGAUUUAUAUUUAAAAGCUAAUAAGUUAACAGGGGAAGGAUCUAUUUAUGGUCAAGGUAAAGGGAUGAAACGUUAGGCUUAUCCCAUGAUACGUAAGCAUAAGCAGUUUCUACUCUGGCAGAAGACAGAAUACUCUGAUCUUUAAGCUGCAAGUAUAUGAGUAAAGAUCUAAUGACAGUUAUGCUUACUGAUUUAAAAGAUUAAUAUUGGUAAUUAUAGCUAUCAUCUAUAUAAUUUCUGAACUUCUAGUGGCUAAUUAGACUUUAUUUGAAACUAGCCAAAGAAUGCACUUUGUGAAUAAAGAAAUUAUCUGACUUGCUUGGCCUCAUAUGUAUUUAUUGGGCUGGUGGUGGGGCUUUUUCCUAAGGCCAGUGAUACUAGUUGUUAAAACAGAAAUAAAAUUGAAUUGGUAAAUAGCUUCCAAUCAGUCUCUGCUUUAAGUUUUUAAGAGAUGGAAUGCCAAAUAAUAAAGCCUAACAUUUGAAAAGUUACCUUAGAGGUCUGCAGAUACCUCCCAGCUGGCUAUUUGUUUUUCAAAAAUAGUUUCAUUGGUGCACAGUUAUAUCUGUUUACAUAUUGUCUAUGGCUGCUCUCUAGUGGGAAGACAUUAUAAGGUCCAGAAGCCUAAAAUAUUUACUCUGAACCUUUACAAGAAAAAGUAAGCUGACUUGUGUCUUAAAAUAGAGCUUUUUGUCUUCAUAGAGUUGGAUAUAACAUUCUCCAGGCACAUGAAUACAUUCCCCAAUUCAGAAGCUCUCUGAACCCUGUCAUUGAGGGUUUUUAUGGAGACCUCAUUACAUAAGAAUAAUUCAGUCA